AGAGUUGGCCAAAUGGACGUUCAAGAUAGCUGAGUCAGCAGCAAAGAUGGCCGUGGUGGCGAUGGUGUGGUGGUUGGUGGCCUCUCUCGUCUCCUCCCAGGUUGCGGCUUCGUCAGAAGAAAUGACGCCGCUGGUGACGGUGUACGCCAUCAAGGACGAGAAGGCGAGGCUUCCGUGCAACAUUUCGCAGCCAGAAGACGAUGAGGUCAUACUCGUACUGUGGUACAGGAACCUUACCAAGGCGCCAUUCUACAGCGUGGACAUGCGGGGUCGUGGCAGUGGCCGGUCAUGGGCGGCUUCAGAUGUCGGCGACAGAAUCAGGUUCAGGAUAGGGACCGAUGCAAGCGGUGUGGCAGACGAUACCUCGGAAGAGAUCAGAAGAAGAGCUGACUCUGCCAAUCAUACCUACAAAGAUCACUACAGGAAUGAGGGUUCUCAGCAUCAAGAGUCGGCGAGCUCUGGGACGCUGGAGAUCGUCGGUGCGCGCGAGUCUGACGAGGGAGAGUACCGCUGCCGAGUCGACCUCCAGGCGUCGCCCACACGCAACACGCGCUACCGUCUGCACGUCGUCGACCCUCCCCGUCAAGCGGCCAUCUUCACGACGCAGGACAGGACGCCUCUCGUGGGCGUCAUCAGCGUGCAGCCUGGCAGGCCCCUGGCGUCGCUCACGUGCGUCGUGGAAGGAGGCGAGCCUCCGCCGAGCAUCACGUGGUGGUCCGGAGACACGCCGGUCAGGACGCCGCGCUCUCCCACUGAAGCUGCGCUGCUACUCGCUGCCAGACGUAAGAAUGCGCUGCUGCUUGCUGCCAGACGUAAGAAUGCGCUGCUGCUCGCUGCCAGACGUAAGAAUGCGCUGCUGCUCGCUGCCAGACGUAAGAAUGCGCUGCUGCUCGCUGCCAGACGGCCAUGUAGCGAAGACAGCCUCGACUCACGAUAUCGCGAGUCCACCAAAUGUGUAGAGAACAACACACUUGUUGUCCGGAGUGAGAGCCGCCGUGGUGAGGCUCAAUGGUCUUCUAGAGAAGAUUCUGCUCUGCAACACCAAGAACAUCGAUCGCGCAACGACCGCUAUCUGUCUACCGCGAAGCAAAGCAAAAGAUCUUCGACGAAUAAAGUCGUGCAGAGAUGGGCCGCUGUGAUGCCUAAACAUUCUAAGUCUGGGCACGAUCACAACAGGAAAUUCUUUACCUCGGAGCUGAGUCUACAAAACCUGACGCAGAACUUACUUGAGAAUCAGAACCUAACCUGCAGAGCCACAAAUAAUCCAGAACUAAGACCAGUCCGAGCCACUCUUCAGUUUGUUAAAUUUGUUCCACCGCUGUCAGUUUCGUUCCCCCUGCCAACGCUCCCUCUGAUCGGUGGUCGCAAGUACGAGCUGAGGUGUUCCGCUGGUCGACUGCGACCACCACCCGUCCUCCUCUGGACCAUCGCUGGACGGCCCAUCACCACAAACAUCAAGCAGAAUCACUCCGUGGACACAAGCGAGUCCGAACUCAUUUUUGAGGCGAACCCUGGAGAUCACGGCGCUGUCCUGGCCUGUAGAGCCACAGCCCCAACACUACCUCACCUCUCUAUCACCAAGAACAUCACACUCGCCGUCACUUACGUGCCCAGCGCGACGCUGCAGGUGUUGGGUGCGCGGGACGGCGCUGUGGGAGGCUCGCGCUUCCAUACCGGCGACACCGCGACGCUCGAGUGCCGAGCUGAGGCCAACCCUCCAUCUUACACCGUUGCUCUUCUCAAAAAUGGGCGCGCCGUAGCGAGGGCGGAAGGCAUCGUAGCAGAAGGCAACAAGAUCCUGCUGAUGAACUUGACAGAUUCUGAUGCUGGACUCUACACGUGUGUGGCCUCAAACUCCGUCGGGGAUGGUCAGAGCAACGCCGUACCUCUGCAUGUGGACUACGUGCCGCACUGCCGGACGUCGGACGUGCAGGAAGUGAUGGCGCUGCCUGGGGAGACCGUCGAGCUCGCGUGCCACGUGGCCGCCUCGCCCUCACUCGCUCUCACGUACGACUGGUGGACCACAGAGACCGCGCGCACCGGGACUAUUACUCGCCAGAAAAUCCACCACCAAGACUCGGGCCUAUUUUCGACCGGUUGGUUCACAAUCAGCAACCAUUCGUAUUCGUCGCUCUCGGCGCGAAUCAGAGAUGUUCUCAAAAAAGAGCGUGAGCCGCAGCAGCAGAAGGACGCUAUUAGUUCUCCUGACACGUUCCCCGGAGAAUACCUUGAUUUGAGGCCUCCAGGUUACAAGGAGAGCUACAAGCAUCAACAGCCAGCUAGGCAGGCUGCCGUCAAUCAAAUGUUGGCCGAGACCAACAGUAAAUCGAAGAGAGAUGGCUGGGAGACGGUGCUGGAAAACUUGCGAUAUCAGGGCGAUACUCGUCCAAAUUCCCACGCGUUUCAAAUCAGCGAUUUGAGCGACAUCGAAGAUUUCGACGAUGAAUUAAUGUGGGCAACGUUAGCAAAACAAGUUUUAACUCGGGAAAAUAGAAUGGCAGAUUUCAUUGGGCAUAAAAUAGAAAAUAUUUUCCCAAAACAAUCCAGCUUCCUGAACAAGUCAGGUCAGCCACACGAGCGGAAAGCUCGGUCAGCAGUGAACGGCCCGUCAACAACAGCUAUUGAUGACAAGGCUGGUCAUACACUUAAGCCCAAGACUUCAUCCGAGAGAGCAGAUUUUAUCAAGAAUAAAACUACCGUCAUUCCGAAAUAUGCCGAAGCAAAAGAGCAAUCUCUUAUUCAAAAAUUGAAUCACAUACAUAUGACGAGAAAAUACUCGACCUCUAUAGCAUCUGUAAGUGAGAUGAAUCACGCACAGGGGAAUGGAAAUUUUCGUGUUUUUCUUAAUGCUAGCCAAAAACUUCUCGGUGUCACAAGAAAAAAGUUGAAAAAUAUAAUGAAUUAUAUAGAAGAAUACGACCAGAAUUAUGCGUCUCACAAUAAAGAUGUCGUGUUAGAAAGAGAUCUUUCACAUGAACUAUUGGAAAGAACGUUGAAACGGUUAAUAACAAAUGAGAGUACCUCAGACGAGCAAUUAUUGUUGAAGCGACGCAAUCAUCGCGUCAAGAGGCGAGAUGAUGAGUCAGCAGAACAGCACAGAGUCGAGUGCUGGGCCAGCAAUUCUGUUGGAGCGUCUUCACAACCUUGCGUCUUCCUCAUUCACAAAGUCGUGCCACCAUCAGCAGUGACGCACUGCACCACGAGUGACGUGACCGCGUUCUCUGCGCUGGUCAGUUGCACAGCCGGCAACUCCGGAGGUCUACAACUCAAGUUCAUUAUCGAGGUGCGUGAGAGCGACAGCAAUGAGCUGAAGUAUCAGGCUACUUGGCACGAACCUGUUUUUCCGCUGGAGAACCUGAAGCCCGAGAUGAAUUAUACGGUACAAAUUCGGGCGAUGCACGACAAGGGUAAAAGCAAAGCCAGCACUCUCGUCCUCACCACCAAGCCCAGACCGCCGCAACAGGAUAUUGCUCCAGAAACCGUGCGAGCAAACCUGGAGCAAGGUUCCGCACAGAAUUCGCCACCUCUCCCCUCUUCAAGCGGGACCACAUCAAGCGUUAGUGUCGCUGUUGCGCUCGUCGUAGGAGGGGUUGUCAUUGCCGCCAUACUUGUGGCCGCGGUCGUGCGAUGCCGGUCAAUCCUAGCGGCAUCGAAAGGCCUUCCUACAACGAUUAGAGCUGAGGGAAAACGAGCAGAGGUGGAACCCAAUGACCUCAACCUCCAAAACUGCGAGGUCAUCGAGGACUGUUCCAGUGACAGCUUCGUCGCAAGAGGUCGCGAUGGCAAGCAAGACAAAGACCACGCGGCAUCCCGGGAAUCUUUACUGAGCGCGAGAGAUGGCACGGAGAUAUCGACCGAAUACUCGCCUGUACUCCAGAAGAAUCCGAAAGGAAAUCAAGGAACCUCACGCCCUAGCUCGAGGUCCCAGCGUCGCUGCAACUCCAAAACUUCGCUUGACAAACAAGACUCGCCCGACCUGCUGCCCAGAAAACCAAACAGAAAUGUUCCUGAGGUCAGCUCUGAUUCCUGGCUGUCGGUGAAUGCCUUACAGCUGCAGCGAGAGUCCCAAAGAAAAGGAUCAGCCCAUCCUUUGGCAAGUCUUCCUCAAGCUCCCACUCAUCCUUCCCAGCCCUACCAGCCUAAAGUUGCAAGCUUUCCAGUUUCUGUACCCCCGCCUUACCUUUCUCAAUGUUUACAAUUAAACUCAGCAACUCUGCAAAACAUACGACCAAACUUAACUCCUACUCCUUCAAAUUUAGGUCCUCACAACCAAGCAGGUUUAUUCGUCAAUGACAAUAGUUAUCCUAAGCCUUCGUCUGACAAAAAUUUUCUUCAUCCGAAUCUUCCAGAAGAUAAUUUUACUCAGUCCAACUCUUCGGGUUACGCUAAUGUGUCACCUAACUUAACUGGGCUCAAGCCAACCGUAUUAUGUAACGGCGGAGUUCUUAGUCAGUACAGUACGGUAGCUUGUGAUCCCUCAGCUCAACUUGUAUUAAAUAGAGGCUCACAAAUUGUGCCUGUGCUCCUGCAUGAUAGAAACAUAAUAUCUCCUGCACCUUCUUCAUGUUCAUCCCUGGAAUCAUCUUCCACCGCUCACCAAUCUUCUUCACCAGCCACUUGCGGCCAACACCCCUUGUCGACCUUUCAGUACUCGUCACCCAGCCAUGACAACAGACCCAAGGACUUGCAUGGAAAGCAACAUAGAAAUCUCCAGGACUCGGCAUCAAGGGAUUAUUCUCCAUCGUCGGAUUUAGGGAAGCACGACAUCUGCAGCACCGCAAACGACCCUGGCCCACCUCCAAAUGCUACAUCAUUCGAAAGCUUAGCAAUAAAUUUGGAAGAUCUUCCUCCUCCUCAGUUCACAUCCGACGGAGGCCAGUCUAUGAAAGUAAAUCAGGUUCUAGAUCACAGAGAGGAGACGUCCAACACUAACGGAGAAUUUUCCAACACAGCCACCAUUCGCAGGGGCAAUAAGACGAAAUAGCCUACAAUAAAAUUACCUUGGUCACGAUAUCAUCCAGAAACACUUUUAUAUUUUUCUAUUCAAUCGUAUGUAUAGUAUCACAGUCAUUAGAAUUAAUUUCUAUCAUAAUACUACCAAUUGGAUCCAAGGGAGUCACUAGGUUAUAAGGACAAAGGGCUAGGCCUCUUGAGGUUAAAGAUCAUAUUUAUGUUAAUAAUGACUGGUUGAAUGAUUAUUAUAUUCAGGCCUCA